UCAAAAUCGUUGAGCAAUAUAUGAUGAUAGUUCCCAAAUUCUUUUCUAUUUUUCAACUUUUUUCCUUCUUAUAUCUCUUUACAGUUAGCUUUGCUUCCACUAAGGAAGCAACUUCCCUUUUGAAAUGGAAAGCAACUCUCCAUAACCAGAAUAAUUCCUUAUUGAAUUCAUGGAGACCAAGUUCUAAUGCAUGCAGGGACUGGUACGGAGUUAUAUGCUUCAAUGGUAGUAUAAACAGGUUGAAUAUUACAAACGCUACUAUCUUUGGUACACUCUAUGAGUUUCCAUUUUCAUCUCUCCCUUUUCUUGAGUAUGUUGAUCUUAGCAGGAACAAUAUCUCUGGCACCAUCCCACCUGAAAUUGGUAAUCUCACUAAUCUUGUCUAUCUUGACUUGUGUAUGAAUCAGAUUUCAGGAACAAUCCCACCACAAAUCGGCUCACUAUCCAAGGUUCAGACCCUCCGCCUAUUUGACAACCAUUUAAAUGGUAUCAUUCCUAAAGAAAUAGGUUACCUAAGGUCUCUUACUAAGCUAUCUUUGGGUACUAACAUUCUUAAUGGUUCUAUUCCUGCAUCAUUGGGGAACUUGACCAGUUUGUCUUUUUUGUAUCUUUAUGAGAAUUACCUUUCUGGCUCCAUUCCUGAAGAAAUAGGUUACCUAAGGUCUCUUAAUCAGCUAUCUUUGCGGAAUAAUUCUCUUAAUGGCUCUAUUCCCGCUUCAUUAGGGAACUUGACCAGCUUGUCUGAUUUGAGGCUUUAUGAUAAUCACCUUUCUGGCUCCAUUCCCGAAGAAAUAGGUUACUUAAGGUCUCUUACUAACCUAGAUUUGAAUACUAACUCUCUUAAUGGUUCUAUUCCUGCUUCAUUGGGGAACUUGACCAGCUUGUCUAUUUUGUGUCUUUAUGAGAAUCACCUUUCUGGCUCCAUUCCAAAAGAAAUAGGUUACCUAAGGUCUCUUAAUCAGCUAUCUUUGCGGAAUAACUCUCUUAAUGGCUUUAUUCCCGCUUCAUUGGGGAACUUGACCAGCUUGUCUGAUUUGAUGCUUUAUGAGAAUCACCUUUCUGGCUCCAUUCCCGAAGAAAUAGGCUACCUAAGGUCUCUUACUAGCCUAGAUUUGAGUACUAACUCUCUUAAUGGUUCUAUUCCCGCUUCAUUGGGGAACUUGACUAGCUUGUCUAAUUUGAGGCUUCAUGAGAAUCACCUUUCUGGCUCCAUUCCCGAAGAAAUAGGUUACCUAAGGUCUCUUACUAACCUAGAUUUGAGUAUUAACUCUCUUAAUGGUUCUAUUCCUGCUUCAUUGGGGAACUUGACCAGCUUGUCUUUUUUGUAUCUUUAUCAGAAUCACCUUUCUGGCUCCAUUCCAGAAGAAAUAGGUUACCUAAGGUCUCUUAAUCAGCUAUCUUUGCGGAAUAACUCUCUUAAUGGCUCUAUUCCCGCUUCAUUGGGGAACUUGACCAGCUUGUCUGAUUUGAGGCUUUAUGAGAAUCACCUUUCUGGCUUCAUUCCUGAAGAAAUAGGUUACCUAAGGUCACUUACUAACCUAUAUUUGAGUACUAACUCUCUUGAUGGUUCCUUUCCUGCUUCCUUUGGCAAUUUGAGAAAUUUGCAAUAUAUAAUUCUUGAUGCUAACAAUCUUACUGGGAAAAUUCCUUCAUCUAUGUGCAAUUUGACAUCACUGAAAAUGCUGAAUCUGGAGAGAAACAACUUGAACGGAGAAAUCCUGCAAUGUUUGGGUAAUAUUAGUGGCCUUCUGCUUAUGAAGAUAUCACAAAAUAAUCUUAGUGGAGAGAUCCCUUCAUCUAUUUGCAAUUUAGCAUCACUGCAAAUUCUAGAUUUUAGUAGAAACAGUUUGAAGGGACCAAUUUUGCAAUGUUUUGGCAACAUGAGUGGUCAUCUUGAGGUUUUUGAUAUGCACCACAACAAUCUUUCUGGGACUCUUCCAACGACUUUUAGAGUUGGAAGUUCACUUAGAAGCCUCAACUUGAAUGGUAAUGAUUUGGAAGGAGAAAUUCCCCAAUCUUUGGCCAAUUGCAAAAAGUUGCAAGUUCUUAAUUUAGGAGACAAUCACCUCAAUGACAAAUUCCCCAUGUGGUUGGAAACUCUACCAGACCUACAAGUUUUAAGUCUCAGAUCAAAUAAGUUGUAUGGAUCCCUUAAAAAUUUAAUGAUUGAAAACCUAUUUCCCAAGCUUCGGAUCAUAGAUCUCUCUUACAAUGCCUUCUCAGGCCACUUACCGACGAGCUUGUUUCAACAUUUGAAAGCCAUGAGGACAAUUGAUCGAACAACGAAGGCACCAAGAUAUCUUGGAGAUUCAUAUUACGAUGAUUCUAUAACAAUUGCAACCAAAGGAUUGGAGCUUGAACUUGAUCGAAUAUUGACUGUUUAUACAACUAUUGAUCUUUCAAGCAACAGAUUUGAAGGACAAAUUCCAAGUAUUAUGGGAGAUCUUAUUGCGCUUCGGGUGCUAAAUUUGUCUCAUAAUGGAUUGCAAGGUCAUAUACCACCAUCACUUGGAAGUUUAUCUGUAGUCGAAUCUUUGGAUCUUUCAUUUAACCAGCUUUCAGGAGAGAUACCACAACAACUAGUUGCUCUUACGUCUCUUGCAUUCUUAAGUCUCUCUCACAAUCAUCUCCGAGGAUGCAUCCCUCAAGGAUGUCAGUUUGCUACAUUUGAGAGCAAUUCAUAUGAAGGUAAUGAUGGAUUACGUGGAUUCCCUGUUUCAAAAGGUUGUGGAAAUAUUUUGAUACCAGAGACAAAUUAUACCGAUUAUGCGGUAGACGAUCAAGAAAGCACUUCUGAAUUUUUCAAUGAAUUUUGGAAAGCUGCUCUUAUGGGCUAUGGAAGUGGACUAUGUAUUGGAUUAUCCAUAGUUUAUUUCAUGAUCUCGACUGGAAAUCUAAAAUGGCUUGCAAGAAUCAUUGGAGAGUUGGAAAACAAAAUUAUUAUGCGACGGAGAAAGAAGCAGGCACUACAGUACAGUAGAAGAAAUAAUCGCAUCUAGAAGAGUUAAACAUUCAGGUGCUUGGAGGAGCAUUUGGUGGAACGGUCAUCGGAGAUGCAAUAAUAUCAUAUGUUGCAGCCUAUGAUGCUGGAUCUGAUUAGUUUCAAUUUACUUUUAUAUGUUAGCUUUGUCACACCCCUUUUUUCGCCCCGCGCGGGAUGAACGCGCACGUGUUUUUAUUGUUUAAAGGAUUUUUCCAUUUGAAGUGAUUGUUUUGAAUAGGAAUUAUUUAUUUACAGAGUCGCCUUAGAGUUGAGUUUUGGUAUUUCAAGUCACCUUAUUGAAUCCCUAAUCAAAAGAAAAUGACUUUUUAUUUUUUGCUCUGCGAAAACAAAAGACUGGGUAAGAAAUUAUGUUGAUCGAGGAGAAGGUGUUAGGCAUUCCCCGAAUCCCGUGAUUCUAGCACGGUUGCUUUUAUUGGCUUAUACUUAGUUAUAAUCAAUUCUUGGAUAAAAUGUGUUUUAAUUG